AUGCCAAUACAUCAAGAUCGUUGUACCAUCAAGCCGUUUUCCAAACAUGCUGCAUCCAAUACUGAUAUCCACAAGUUUGAAACGUAUCAAGUUGAUACAUUGCCUCGUGUACUGAUUCCAAACGAAGUUCUUUUACAUAUAUUCGAGUAUCUACCGUACAAUACACUUCUUCGUGUAUCUAGCGUAUGCAAAGUGUGGCAGGCAGUUUCUUCAGACCAGCAGUUAUGGAAACAAUUGUGCGUUUGUGAAUCUAUUCCUAUCGAGUCAUCGGGUGCUGUUUUAAUUCAGGAUUUGAGUCUGACUAUACCUUUGAAAAAGGAGGACUGGAAGACCAAGUUUGUUGAGCAUAUCAAGCGACAACGACGUGAAGUGUCACUUGGUCAGUUGCUAUGGGGAUUUCCUCGAACAAGUCCAUUGCAAGAUAUGAUCAAUUUGACAUCAUCAGCCCCUGUCAAUAUACCUCAGCAUACCCAUAUCCCUGACUUGUCAAGCCGAUGUGAGCAGUGCAAUCGCGAUAGCUUGUGGACAUUACCUACACCCAGUAGCUAUUCAUCUUUGGCACAGUCUCUAUCAGUACUUUGCAAUGCAAUAAUCUCUGAUCACCAAAAGAUAUCACCUAUUUUUGUAGCAAAAAACUUGCCGAAAAUCACAGUCAAGGACUUGUAUACCAAUGCAAACCAAUCCUACAUUCGUAUAACGCCAACUACACAUGCAUCACCUGAACAUCGCGACUCUGCAUCUUACCUGACAUCACCAUCUUCAGGAACAAAAGAAUCGUUUUUGCUGCAUACACUACAAGCUGGGUGUGAUUGGGCACCAUAUAGUAAUGGAAAUUUACAAGCCUCCGCGUCAUCAAAUGAGGAUAGGCUUUUGGACGAUAUGUUGCUGAAUUCAGUCAUGAAACCCAAAUUUGAAUUACAUGGCUCUAAAAAUGCUCACACAACGAGUCCAUUUUAUCAAUCAUCCAAUAGUAUUCAGCAAGGUUCAGUCCAAUUUCCCAGUGUAAAUAAAGAGCACGACGAUGAAAACCAACACACGAGUCGAAAAGUAUAUGCAAUACCAAGUGGAUCUCAAACAGUGAAUUCAACUGAUCAAUCUGGAUCAUCUUUUAAUUCUAUCUUGUCCGGAUAUUAUUUUCAACCACAGAAACUCAAUCGUCACGCCAGUCAUCAACUGCAAUCAAAUAUAUGUAUCCCUACCAAAUUUAUUCUACCACUCCAAGAAGAUAGCGAAGAUGAAAACUACGUGAGUAGUUCAAACGGAUCUUUACUUUGCUUGGAUCCAUUGCAACUGUUUCAUUUCCAGUUUGAUAGUCUGUAG